AUGGAGCCGCGUGCACGCCGCCUCAGCAAUGCCCGCGAGCCUCCGAUGCCCCCCUUAGCACCACAGCAGUAUCCUACCAAGAGCUACAGUCGAAGCAGUGGUCGCAGCGCCCGCUCUGUCCGCUCCAUGUCCACCGCAGUUGUGCUGCGACUGCUGCUAGGCCUCUUGUGUGUCGGAAUCGUCGCCCAGUGGGUCAUGUGGAGCUCCAGCGUCGUAAGCACACAGCGCAGCAAUACUAAUAAUCAACCUGACAAUGGCUGGAUGAAUCAUCUGCGUCGCAUUGAGCACGGGGAGGACACGCCGGGGACUGCGCAGGUUGUGGACACGUUCGAAUUCGUGCCGCCAGCCAGCGACCCGACGUAUGAGGAGGAACAGCAACGACGAGCACCUUACGACCCUUCAAAGCAUAAUGAGGACCAGAAACAGGUGGUCGACAUGGUGCAAUGGGCUUGGAAGGGCUAUUCGGAGUAUGCGUACGGUCAUGACUCGUUGAAUGUUAAGACGUACAAGGGCACGGGGUUGCCGGAUCAUGAUAUGGCAUUGACUUUGGUGGAUGCGUUGGACACGCUAUAUCUCGUUGGAAUGUUCGAUGAGUUCGACCGAGCGAGUGAAUGGGUCGCUAACAAUAUGGAGCAGAGGAUCUUCCUCAGUGGAUUCAUCAGCUUCUUUGAGACGACGAUUCGCUUGAUGGGUGGACUAUUGUCGUCGUAUUGCAUGUCGGGACAUGUGCACCUUCUUACCAUCGCAAAUAAGUUGGGAAUGGCUCUGUCACCGGCGUUUGAGGUGUAUGAUCAUGGUGUGCCUGCGAAGGAUUUUGAUAUUGUGACCAAACGCACCCGGGCUGCUCCUUCAUUAGCAGAAGUGGGAACGUUGCAGAUGGAGUUCAAAUAUCUAGCUCGUCUCACUGGUUACCCAAAGUACCAAGAGCAAGUCGAGCGUAUUUCCGAUUCACUAGCAAAGCAAGUGGAGGACAAGUACACGAAUGGUCUGUUGCCAGUUCAAAUUAGUCAAGAGAGCGGAAAGAUUACAACUUCUAAAAUCACUCUGGGUGCAAACGGCGACAGCUACUACGAGUACCUGCUGAAACAGUGGCUUUUAUCUGGCAAGAAAGACGACAAGUUCAAGACACAGUAUAUGACCGCAGUGGAUGGCAUCACAGACAAGCUUUUGGGGAAAUCUAAGCCCAACGGCUUCGUGUUUAUCGGCGAGCUCGUAUACGGCAAGUUUGAGCCUAAGAUGGAUCACUUGGUGUGCUUUGUACCGGGUAUGUUGGCACUGGGAUACAAGAACGGUAUGCCGGAGGAACACCUUACACUGGCAAAGCAGCUCAUGGAGACCUGUUAUCAAAUGUACGCUCAAAUGGAGGCUAAACUCGCCCCUGAGAUCAUGUACUUCAACAUGAAGGAGAACGUCGAAGAGGAUUUGCUCGUCAGUGCAACCGACGCGUUUAAUCUCUUGCGUCCUGAAACGGUGGAGAGUCUGAUGGUGCUGUAUCGAGUCACAAAGGACGAAAAGUACCGUGAAUAUGGCCGUGAAAUCAUGAAAGCGUUCGAGAAAAACUGCCGGUUAGAACGUGGCGGGUACGCGAGUAUUGGCAACGUGGCCAAAGGCCCCAUUCACAUUGGUUUCCGCAACGAAAUGGAGAGCUUCUUCAUCGCCGAGACGCUCAAGUAUCUGUUCCUACUGUUUUCCGACGAUUCGAUGCUGUCUCUAGAUGAGAUCGUCUUCAACACAGAAGCCCACCCGUUCCCGAUAGAGAAAACUGACUCCUAG